AUGGCUUCCUGUCAGCUGUGCCACCAGACCCAUGUUGAAGACAGGACCCAUGUGGCCACAGAGAGGUUCAAGCAGAACCAGAAUGCCAAAGCCCGCGCCAGUGUCCCAGCCAUGGACAAGGUGUCCAGCAGUCCCAGGUGCCUGAAAAGCAAUGAUGCCAAUGCUAUCUGCAAGCCAAAUCUGAGUGCCCACCCAAAAGGAAGGCCCUACAAGUGCAGUCAGUGUGAGGCAUGGUUCUCCCAGAAGAAAACCCUCGGCAGCCACAAGCAUAUGCUCUCACACUGGAGAAGAAAGAUCCUUAGGUGCUUGUACUGUGCGAAGAGGUUCACCCGCUCCUCCAGUGUGGUCUGGCGUCAGAGGAUCCACAUGGGCGAGAAUCCAUACACAUGCAACAAGUGCCCAAAAUGCUUCACCCAGAAGGAACACCUCCUCCAGUGUGAGAGGAUCCACCUGCACAAGAGGGACUCAGUGCCUGGCAUGUGGAAGAAACAGCUACGCUUAUUCUAG